UGUCUUUCAGGUAGAGAUAGACUCUUCUGUACACACACCCUCUCUGCUAUAUAAUCCCACAUCGCAACAGGAGACCCUUAGAAAUCUUCCGAGUUCUCUGAAACCUAGAGGAAUUUAUCCAAAAGAUUACAAACGCAAAAAAGGCUUCCUGGAGUUAAAGAAGGAAGGACGAUUACAAAUAUUUGUUGCAUGAAGAAAUUUUGAAACUAAAAGAAGAAAGACGAGACGCCCAUGACGACAAUGACGACGAAAGCAAAGUUAGUCUUUUUCCACGUACUGACGUCACUUCCUGCGUUCUACACCAUGAGCCUGGAUGCAAACGUCACAGCUGGCCACGCCGUGUCGUCAUCGCUAGAGCCAAGCGUAGGCGGUGUGGAGAUGAGGAAGUUACGUCACAUGGAGGCGGAGCUCGAGGUGUUGAGGAGGACAGUGACGGAGCUCAAAGCUGGCGGGCAGUGUGGGUCACAAAGUCCGCAUGGAGACCAGUUAAAGGAGCUGAUGAGCGAAAUACAAGGUCUCCGUUCACAGUUUCAAGCCCUACAAAUGCGAAGAGAGUUAUCUGCCCUUCGCUCUGACAUGCUGCAAGCCAAAUCUUUGUUAGCAGACGCCGGAAGUAGACGGGACGACCUGCCAGGAGAAGAUGCCAGUAAGCAGGGCUCAGAUUUUGCAGGCAGAACAGUGGAAGCUGGUGUUGUCCAGAACAUUCCAUCCAUCUUGAGCUCAGGAUCCGUGUAUGAACGCUGUGGUCACGGAGGAUGCCCUAAUGAUACAGAAAUGGUUUAUACAGGGAUCAUCGGUGGUUCUAGUCAUGACCAGACCGGAGCAGCUGCCAACGCCCUGUGUCUGCCCUUGGAGCCUGUGUUAGUAAACAACCCGGGCACACCCCACGUGACACUCAUCGUAGGAGCAGAGUUAGAAGUGACCCCUCUCGCCCAGCACGAUCUUGACCCCCUGUGUGCCGUGUGUCGCACCCCACGACCCACCGUCGUCAUGGUGCCCGCUGCCAACGCUUGCCAGCUCGGGUGGACGCUGGAGUACUCCGGGUACCUUAUGGCAGGACACAACACUCACCCGGGAGCCUCACAGUUCAUCUGCAUCGACAAGCAGCAGCAGACGCGCAUGGCGUCGGACAAGAACGAGAACGGCAGACUGUUCUAUUACUCCACUGGUAUUUGCGGUAGUCUCCCUUGCCCACCUUACCAAGCUGGAAAAGUGUUUCCUUGUGUCGUCUGCUCCAAGUGAAGACGAUAACGGCGACGAACAUCAACUACAGUUAUGAUGAUUACAUUCUUGGAGCGAGUGGAUCAUAAAAAACUGCAGAAAUGUAAUACUUCUUGUUAUGUGCACUCUCAGCAAAGAGCAUAAUUGUAACUGCAAUUAUCUAUUCUUUCUCCCAAUGUUUCAUAUACUUCUUGCAAUUACACAGAAAUAACAAAUAAAAAUAAAUGUGUGCUGGUGUUCGUUUAUGUACGCGAUUGUGUACGUGCAUGCUACGUGUUAUCUAAAAAUAUAAACACACUAUUUUGUGUUCAACCUAGCCUGAAAUCAUUUCUUUGUGCUACAAAUGUAUCCUGCUCACCUAGGGGAUAACAUCUAACAUGAAUUUCUUUAUUAUACGCGUCUUACAUUCUUCAUACUGUAAUAAAUAUCAAAGUGCUUUCCCACAAUGUAGCAAAACAUAAUACAGUUUAUUAUGUGGACAUAUUCCUUGACAAAAACUAUUGUUUUCUCAGAUUUUAACAAAUUUAUUCAGAUAAAUCUCAGUCUUAAACUAAGAUUUAUCCAAUUUAUUAUUCACUCAGUCGUCCCGUGACCGCCACCUGUGGUUGGGUGGAUCACAUGGAUAGACCGCCACCUGUUGUUAGGGGAAUCACAUGGAUUUCAAAGAUCGUAUUAAGUUGCAUCGAAAAAUGUGAAGGCGAAAAGCGGUCAAAGGGAAAGAAUUCAAAAUCACAACGAUGGUCUAGUCGGACUGAGUUUCUUCCCCUGUUUAUUCAUUGCCUUACUGUUUACCGUAUUUGAGAAUUCCAAGCAUGUUUUUUUGUUAUCAGUACAGUAACAAACUACAGCACGAGAACUUUUAAAGCAUUAGCCUCUCCUUCUUUCAGGUUUUUGUGGACUGUGACCGCUUGAGUUUAUUUACUUUAUUUAUUUCUCUACGUAC